UCCUGGUUCCAACUGCGCAGCUCUUGCUUCUGCGAGCGAACUGCUCGUCUUCGCUCGCGACGGCGGCGACGCGGUUCGCCGCACCCACUCGCCGGCGACGGCGCACCACGCUCACCCACUCGCACUCGCUGGCAGAGAUCACCAACGAAGCCUUCCGCUUCCACGGCCGCGGCGUCUCCCCCACCUCCUCCUCCUCCGCGGAUUCCUCGCGAUGGCGGCGCCGCCUCCUCCAGCUCAGCCCGUGGCAGCGGCCGCGGCCGCCGGGUUCCGCCUCGGGUUCAUCGGUCCGGGUAACCUGGCGGAGAGCAUCGCGCGCGGCGUGGUGGCUUCGGGCGUCCUCCCGGCCGCCGCCAUCCGCACCGCGCCCCACCGCCGCCCCGAGCGUGCGGCCGCCUUCGCGUCGAUUGGAGCUCACAUCAUGGAGACCAACGCUCAGGUAGUUGAUGAAAGUGACGUGAUCGUAAUCUCUGUGAAGCCACAGAUUGUAAGGGAGGUUCUGGUUGAGCUUAAACCCUUGCUGUCAGAAGAAAAGCUUCUGGUGUCCAUUGCUGCUGGCAUCAAGAUGGAAGAUCUGCAGGGUUGGUCUGGUCAUCGAAGAAUUAUUAGAGUAAUGCCAAACACCCCUUCAGCUGUUGGUCAAGCAGCAUCAGUGAUGUGUUUGGGAGACAUGGCUACUGAUAAUGAUGAAAACCGUGUAAGAAGUUUAUUCAGUGCCAUCGGAAAAGUUUGGACAGCUGAAGAGAAAUAUUUUGAUGCUGUAACUGGGUUAAGUGGUAGUGGUCCGGCCUAUAUUUUCUUAGCAAUAGAGGCCAUGGCUGAUGGUGGGGUUGCUGCUGGUCUUCCUCGAGAUCUUGCUCUUGGUCUUGCAUCUCAGACGGUUCUUGGUGCUGCAACCAUGGUAAACCAAACUGGAAAGCAUCCAGGUCAACUGAAAGAUAUGGUCACUUCCCCGGCCGGAACCACCAUAACUGGGAUACAAGAGCUCGAGAAGGGUGCAUUUCGUGGGACACUGAUAAAUGCAGUUGUUGCUGCCACAAAGCGUUGCCGAGAGCUAUCUCAGAGUUAAAUCCUCUUGUUAGUUAUCACUUGUUAGUUAUCAUUAGUUAUUAGUGUUAGUCCAUUGGGUGUGCCACUGUGCACAGGAUGUUUAAACCUCAGGCUCUCGGCAAGUUUUCUUUGUAGUUAUCUCAAUAAUUUGUUGGAUUUAGCGUUACUGAAUCCACAUGAUGUUGGAUUGAUACUUUCUAGAUGGUUUUGAGAUAUGUGGCAGCUGUUUUUCUUGGGAUAUCUAAGCCAAGGUAUGGAGAACUGCGUGAG